AUGACUCCCUUUCACCUGGUGUACGAUGGAGAAUUCAUCGUCCCGGUAGAAGUCGGGGUAGAAUCCGACCGGAUCAGAGUAUACGACAAGAACAAUGCUGAGCGGAGGCAUUUGGAGCUGGACUUGGUGGACGAGAUGCGAGCCAAAGCCGUCGUUCGGUUGAUGGCGUAUCGGCAGAGGAUGAAGCAAAACUACAAUAGACGGGUAAUUCCCAGAUCUUUUCAGGUCGGCGAUCUCGUCUGGAAGAAAGUCAAGCCGGUCGGUGACGUGACCAAGUUUGGAGCUCCUUGGGUCGGGCCAUUCCAGAUUGUAGAAAAGCUCCAUUCGGGCGCCUAUUACCUCGAGGAUGAAGGUGGACGGAAGCUAGAGCGACCGUGGAGCGCAAACCACCUCCAGCCGUACGGAGCUAGGUGA